GCCAGCGGAAUAGUGCCUGGCAACACCACCGCACUGUGCUCCGACUGCCUCUGGAUUAACGACGUAUUACAGCGGUGCCAGGAUUACACAACUCUCACGAGCCACAUCAAGACACGGGGUGGUCCACUGACAUCAGAGAAGCCUGAAGUGCAGAGCUGUUCGAUGUAAAUGAAUGUAGAGCUGGACAACAUCUGUCUGAAUGAUGCAUUUUACUUCUCCAAAGAUUUUAUUCUAAGCACCAAGAGCAGAGCAGCCAUUACCCUUCAGUGCAUCACUUGAAUGGAAAUAUGGACACCGUCAAUGGAGGAAAUUUAACUCAACAUGUCCAGGAACUAUGAGCCUGGUCACUCAGUAGGGAUGUUGGCUGCUGUGGAACAUGGUCCCAUCCUUUGCAGCGACUCCAACAUCCUCUGCCUCUCGUGGAAAGGCAGGGUCCCCAAGAGUGAAAAGGACAAGCCAGUGUGCCGGAGGCGGUACUAUGAGGAGGGCUGGCUCGCCACGGGGAACGGAAGAGGAGUUGUUGGGGUGACGUUUACAUCGAGUCACUGCAGGAGGGACAGAAACACCCCUCAGAGAAUCAAUUUUAACCUGCGAGGACACAACAGCGAGGUUGUCUUGGUGCGUUGGAAUGAACCCUUUCAGAAGCUGGCCACCUGCGAUAUGGAAGGAGGUAUUUUUGUGUGGAUCCAGUAUGAGGGAAGAUGGUCGGUAGAGUUAGUGAACGACCGAGGAGCCCAGGUGAGUGACUUCACGUGGUCGCAUGAUGGCACUCAAGCCCUCAUCGCGUACCGCGAUGGCUUUGUGUUAGUCGGCUCGGUCAGCGGACAAAGACACUGGUCCUCUGAGAUUAACCUGGAGAGUCAAAUCACCUGUGGCAUCUGGACGCCUGACGAUCAACAGGUCUUGUUUGGUACAGCAGAUGGCCAGGUGAUAGUGAUGGACUGUCACGGACGAAUGCUUGCCCAUGUUCUGUUACACGAGUCGGAUGGGAUCGUGAGCAUGUCCUGGAACUGUCCCGAUUUCCUGGUCGAGGACAGCACAGAGAGCGACACAGACUCUGAUGACAAUAUUCUGCCUUUUGUGCGAAGAGUCAAGCCGUUGUUGACAGUCACCUUCCUAUCAGGAGAUAUCAGUUUAAUGAACAACUAUGACGACCUCUCUCCUGCCGUGAUUCGCUCAGGGCUGAAAGAUGUUGAGGCCCAGUGGUGCUCCCAGGGAGACCUCCUGGCUGUGGCCGGCAUGGAGAGACAUGGGCUUCCUGUUGACUCUAUUAUGAGAAACGCCCUUGUUAAGUUCUAUAAUGUCCAAGGGGAGCACAUCUACACGUUGGAAACACCGGCACAGAGACCCAUCACCACCAUCUGUUGGGGCCACAGAGACUCUCGUCUGUUCCUUGCAUGUGGACCAGCACUGUAUGUGGUGCGUGUGGAGCACAGGGUGGCCAGCCUCCAACUUUUAUGCCAGCAAGGCAUCGCCAGCGCCCUGCGUGAGGAGAAGGAUGUGGGGAAACUGAACAUGCCCUCGCUGCUCUGCUCUUAUGUCACCACUGCUUUUAUACCCACAAUCAAGCCCCCAAUCCCUGACCCCAACAACAUCCGUGACUUUGUCAGCUAUCCCACAGCUGGGAAUGAGAGGCUCCACUGCACCAUGAAGCGAGCAGAGGACAGCCCUGAGACAGGUGGACCCUGCUACACUCUGUACCUAGAAUAUUUAGGAGGACUGGUGCCCAUUCUCAAAGGAAGGCGCAUUAGUAAACUCCGGCCUGAGUUUGUCAUUAUGGAUCCAAAAAUGGACAGCAAAGCAGAGGAGGUGUGUGUGAAUCCCAUGAUCUCAUACACUGACAGCUGUAACUGCUCUGACUCCAGUGACAUUGAGUUGAGUGAUGAGUGGGUCGGGAAGAAGUCACCAAAGUUUUCCCGAGGAAACAGGAUGAACAUGGAAUCUAGAAAAUCUCCCAAACUUUCACGCACCAAUCAGGAAGGCCAACGGUCGCCACGGUUACCAACAAAGAAGCCUCCAGUUCGCUCUCCCAGUCUGACACGUCGAGAGUUUUCUAUGGAUGGGAUCACAGAGCACAACUACCUAGCUCAAGUCACAUCCAACAUUUGGGGGACAAAAUUCAAAAUUGUUGGACUUGCUUCUUUUCUCCCUGCCAAUCUUGGUGCAGUCAUCUAUAAGACAAGUCUGCUACAUCUACAACCGAGACAGAUGACAAUCUACCUUCCAGAAGUGCGCAAGAUUUCUCAUGACUUUAUGAGCCUGCCUGUGUUCAACCACAAUGUGUUCAGUGAGGAUGAGGAUGACUUACCAGUGAUGGGGCCAUCUGGAGUGGCAGGAGAGAAUCCUCCCUGUACAGUCAACAUUCCCAUUGCUCCCAUCCACAGCCCGGCUCAGGCAAUGUCUCCAACUCAGAGUAUCGGCCUGGUUCAGUCUCUUCUGGCCAAUCAGAACAUUCAGCUCGAUGUCCUGACCAACCCCACAGCCACGGCAGCAGCCGCAGCUGUGGCUGCGGCGGCGGCAGCAGCUUCUGUCCCUGUUACCGAUCACGGGCAGGAUGCGGUUCCAACACCGUAUCCCAUGCCGACUACAUACUCGAACCCUGGUCAACAGCAGCACCAGCAGAUGCAGAGGCAGCACCAGCAGAUGCAGCAGCAGCUGAAGAUGCAGAUGACGCUACCGCCUCCUCCGUCCGGCUAUCCGACUAUUUCGCUGCACCAGAUUCAUCUCCUGCCUCCUCCUCCUCCUCCUCCUCCUCCGACCACCGAGCCGGGGUUCGCCAGGGGGGAGCACGGACACACCCUUAAGCCGAGUCUGCCGCGGACUUUGCCACCCUUCAGCGACAUGGACGGAUCUGUGGAGAUUCACAUGAGGAAGGUGAACCCUCCUCCUCCGUACCCGGGCACCGUGGUGUCCGCGGCGGCGGCGGCGGCUACAGCCGUCGCUGCGCCUCAAACUCUCGUCACAAACUGCGACAGCCCGAGCGUCCUGUCGCCGGAGCUCUGCCUGAAGAAGGAUGAGUUUUUGCUUCACCCUGUCACUUUGCAGUACCCGACUCCCCUGGGGUACGAGAGGAUCACCACGUUUGACAGCAGCGGCAACGUGGAGGAGGUUUGUCGGCCCCGCAGGCGCCUCGUUCGCAACCAAAAUGCGUACGCUGUUCACGGCUCGGCCACGCUCAAAGUCACUUCCUCUGAGAAUAAAAAAAUUCAGCUUCCCUACAGCUCGGCGACACUGAGUCGUCUCUCUGUCCCUCGCUACUCGAUACCUAGCGGAGACCCUCCUCCUUACCCUGAUCCGGCCAAUCAAGUAACUGCUACACUUCCUCCUCCCCAGAGAAUUGAUAGCAGUCUGAUUCAUGCCACGCUACGUCGUGACCGCAGGGACGUGGGACUUAAAGUGCCACAGAUGAUGGAGAGCUCAAGAACCCUACCCACCAAGGCUAAAAUGAACAGUGCACUAGCACUUACCUACCAGCAGAGGGUGCCUACUGCAUUGUACACAUGCACACAGUGCAGCAGUAACAGCAGCAGCACCAGUGUCAGCGUUAGUGGCGGCGGGACCACAAGUAGUGGCAUUGCAGGUGGCACGGUGGUGAGGCAGGACUUCCCACCAGGGAAAGGAGCACAUCACAGUACCAUUAUUGUGCACUCCAAAAGUACCUCGCCCAUGUCCUCCCAGUCGUCUUACAGUCUGCUGAGUGCUGUCGACAACAGCAGGGACAGAACGGUGUACGUUAACUCUGCCUUCACGGAAGACGAGACUUUAAAUCAGCAGUGUCACCUCGAGAAAUCUGUGCGUCAGCUGACUCUCGGCGAUGUUAGUUUGACAGUUAAACGCCCUCCGCCUUACCAUUGGGACACCUCCACCACCGAGGAGUUCUGGCUCACUCCAGAACAAACAAUGCUAGGCCCGCCACCAGCACCUCACAAACCGCCGCCACUCAUCAUCAGUCAAGCUCAGCACUUGGACAUGACUCGGCUGCCGUUUGUCCUCACGACUAAAGCUCCAACCAGUCAGACCACGAGCACUCUGACUUUCCCGUCAGGUUACCAGAUAUCUCUCUCGCCUUUUCCUCCGAGCGUGGGCCACAGCGGUUCUCCACUUCAGACCUUGCAGAACCCUUCACCUCAGUGCUCUCCGAAUGAAGCGGUUGGUUCGGUCCCUUUUGCUCAGCAGGAAUCCAACUUGGUCUUGCCACCAGGCUAUGCUCCAAGUCUUGCUAACUUGGCCUGCUGCCCUCUCCCUCCGAUGUAUCCAGGCGCCAGCUCAUGUGCUGGACUUCAGCUGCACCCCGUCAGCCUUCACCCCUGGAACCCUUACCCCUGCCCGCCUCCCAUGCAGGACCCUCCAGCACCUCCCCUCCCUACCAAAACUCAUCAGAUCUUAGAGAAGCCCAUUCUCUCCCGCCCCCUCCUAGGGCCGCCCCCACCACCCCCUCUCCCCCCUCCUCCUCCACCUACAGAGCUACCACCAUCCAAAAGUGCCACAGAAGAUCUAGCGGAGUCUGCCAACAACUUUCUGGAGCCAUCAUCCCUGAAUGAAAGCCCUGUGCCGCAGGAGUCCGAGCGCUUCAACAAGAAGAGCCGCAAAAGACUGGACAGCAGGGCCGAGGAAGCCAACAUGUCCACCGUCUCCGAGGGCAAAUCUAGAAAGGAAGGGCGUGCGCUCUCUGACUUCAACACUCUCAUUUCCAGCCCAAGGCUCGGCAGCAGAGAGAAGAAGAAGCCCAAGGGGCAGAGAGAGCAACUCAAUAAAACCAAGAAAAUGAGCAGGACCACAAAUGAGUUCCAGGAUAGCUCCGAGAGCGAGCCGGAGCUGUUUAUUAGCGGCGAUGAGCUCAUGAACCAGAACCAGAGUAGUAAGAAGAGCUGGAAGAACAAGCGAAGCCUGCGUAUGGCGACUGAGCUGGAGGAGAUAAAGUGCCGCAAGGCAAAUGAAAGAGAGGACCGUAGUUUGGGAAGCCAAGGGUUUGUCUAUGUUAUGGCCAAUAAACAGCCAUUGUGGAAUGAAGCCACCCAGGUCUACCAGCUUGAUUUUGGAGGACGAGUCACACAGGAGUCUGCAAAGAAUUUUCAAAUUGAGCUGGACGGUAGACAGGUGAUGCAGUUUGGGCGAAUUGAUGGGAAUGGCUAUAUCUUGGAUUUCCAGUAUCCUUUCUCAGCAGUGCAGGCAUUUGCUGUUGCCUUGGCCAACGUGACUCAAAGGCUGAAGUGAAAAGGUUUUGGGCUGUUGUAGACCAAUUCAAAGGAAACCACAAUGAUCUAGCACCCCGAUGUGUGGGGCUAAAGCUGGCAAUGUCAGUGUUCCGGCGGUUCUUUUUAAUAUACAAGGUGGUGUUGCACAUGCAGGCAAUUUACAAUCGCUCUGUUGAAGGCAAUGUCAGUCUCGGUCGGUGGUCAUGGAGACUACACCAGUUACUUCAUACUUUCUAGUUCAUAUGUUGAAUGUACUCAAGCUAAUUUUACUUAGUAUUCAAAUGUUAUUUAGUGAAGUAAAAAAUGUCAACCUUCCCUGGAUAAACAAAGGGUUAACUGAGUACAUGUUGGAAUGGAUUUUAAAAGCAUUGUGAAGGUUUAGUACCAUGUGGUGCCAUCUUCCAAAGGACUGCUUAUUCAAUGUAUUUCAAAUUAAUAAAAAAAAUAAUUUGAUGUUAAUAAAAAUAUACACAGCAAAUAUCUACAUUGUUAGGAAGGAUUGCAUUCAAAAUUACAAAUGCAUUUUCACAAAGCCAUACCAUAUAUGAUAAAAACACUGCAUUCAUUUAAGUCAAGCACUUAAAAAUGUAUACGGUUCUAUUAUGCAUAUCAAACUGAUUGUUAAUGUGUUUUUCCAAUACCUUUAUUUGUAUCUUUAUUCUUAAUUCCAAUCCCAUUUGUUUGAAGCAAUGAUUAGAUUUUUAGUCUGUUUUGUUAGCUUAAUGUCCUCUACAUUAUGUGAAAAUUGCUUAACAUGCAAUCAAAGAAUAUAAUGAUUCUGCAACUCCAACAUUAAGAGUUGACCACAGUUUAUAUCAUAGUUUGUGUAUUUUUUAUUCAUGAUACUUCCGUGAAGUGGUGCAAUGAACAUAGCAAAUCAUAUUAUUUUGGCCACUGCAAAUCAUUCAGUCAGAGCCGUUAUGAUCUGACAAUGUCUUUUUCUUUUUUUCAUGUGUAAAUAAAUGUACAUGUCCCUUUUCUUUUCCAAAACUCCCCUCUACAGUUGUGAGUUAAUAACUUUAUGUGUGCCAAAUAGUCAAAUGCAUUCGGCUGAAAGUAAGUUAGUGGGGAAGAUUGUAGAAAACGACCCCAUCCCCACAAACAAAACUGUGCAUAAGCACAGAGAUCCUCUCAGAGAAUCUCAGACUCGGUUGGCUCUGUUGUUUUCAUUGGGUGUUUAUGAUGCUACUACAUCAGUAGUUUGCCUCGUUGGAAAUCAGUGCUGCUUUAGAUAGAUAGAUAGAGCUUGUGUGCAAUAACGCUACCUACAUAGAACUGAUGUCGUACUUGCAAAGGAAAAUGCAAAAGCUGCUUGCACUGUGUAUUUAGUAAAUAACUUAUCAUUAUAUGCUUAGAAAAGUGUGCCUAUAUGUUGCUAAUUUCAGUAAUUUUCUAAUUCACCUUUGCUUGAACAUGGUACAGAGAGUUUUUUGAUGUUACACUUGUAGAAAAAAAGGUAUUAAA